UUACGUCAUAUGACGUCAUCCGAUGUAGUUAUUGCAACGUCGCUUGAUCAAAGGUGGGCCGAUUUCAGUGGUGGUACAACACUACUUGAGGUGCAAGAAGCUUCAGCGGGAGGAACAAUGCAAUCGAUUGAAAAUUAGUAUCUCUUGAGCGCACAGCCCUUCGCCUGUGCUCUUCUUGGCGUAGCCUAAAGGGACUCUGACUUUUUCCUGUGUCUUAUAAUAGCCGCUCUAACGUAGCCGCUGCUCGCAAAUUGCAACAUCUGAAGUCACGUUUCUGGCUUGCGCGUAACGCACAGCACGACGAAACGCCGGAGUGCACCCCUGGCAGCCCCAGGGGCCACUACAUCAUGUAUCCACGAGCCACCACCGGGCUGGAGCCGAACAACAGGCUCUUCUCACCGUGCAGCCGGAGCAGCAUAGGGCAUCUAGUGCGCUUCAUACUCGAAAGCAAGUACGACCGGGAGAACUGCUUCCUCGCUCACCAGGAUUCCUUCUGCGGUAACAACGUGCGUGAGGACAAAGAGCAGUGCGACUGCGGCUACGAGGAGAACGACUGCCACGACCAGUGCUGCUUCGCGCGCAAGAACUCGCACGGUGCUCCAGGUUGCACGCUGCGCCCGAAUAUGCAGUGCAGGUACGGAGGGCCCCUGCCUGGACACAUGCAAGGAACCCGCUCUGCAGUCUUUGUGCGGCCUGAAGAGGGAACGCGGCGCCGCGUGCAGCCAGAACCGCGGCUACUGUGACGUGUUUCACCGGUGCCGCAUUGUGGACGAGAAUGGGCCGCUGGCGCGCCUACAACAGCUGCUGGUUCCAAACCGAGUGCGCGAGCUGGUCAAGGUUCCGGCUGUUUAAACCGGCGGAUCCAGCGGAAGCAACUCUUCGAAACAUUUUCGCUCUGAAAUUACUUUAAAACGUACCAUUAAACGAAAUGACGUUAUUUUA